AUGGGGCAAGUUGUUAUGGUAUCAAUAAACAAGCAGUUCUUCUUUUCUCAAACUAUCUACAAAACUAUAGCAUACCUAUAUGAAUACUACAGUCCUGCAAGUAUUCAACUAACUGUUGAACAUUGCUUGCAAGUAUUCAACUUUCAGUUGAACAUUCUUUGCCAUUUACGACAGAAGUUUGAGCAGACCGGGGCCGUGGCGCCCAUCAUCCUGCAGCAGACGAGCAGCGUGCACGCGGCCCAGGAGGAGUCUGCGCGGCUGCUGUGCCUGGCGCUGGGCUGCCCGGAGCCGGCCUACAGCUGGCAGCUGCUGGCACUGGGCGGUGGCAUCCACGGCGGUGGCCUCGGCGGCGGCGGUCUCGGCCCGCGUGUCAAGGUGCUCGGCCCGCUGCUCGAAGUCGAGUCGGCCUCGCCCGAGGACGCCGGCACGUACCGCUGCACGGCCAGGAACGCGGCGGGCGAGGCCAGCGCCGAGAUGAGGCUCUCCGUGUACACGCCGCUUGAGGUGGAGGUGGAGCCCAAGCUGCUGGUGGUGCAGGUGGGCGGCUCCGCCGAGUUCCGCUGCCAGGUGUCCUCCCCCGGCGGCCUCGUCACCUGGUACAAGGACGGCACGCCCGUGCUGGGCGGGCCCGGCGGCCCCGGCGGCGGCAGCGCGGGGCUGCUCUCCCUGGGGGCCGUGUCCAGGGAGGACCGCGGCAUGUACCAGUGCGUGGUGCGGCGGGCGGAGGGCGACACGGCGCAGGCCGCCGCGGAGCUGCGCCUCGGAGACGCGGCCCCGGUGCUGCAGUACAGCUUCAUCGAGCAGACCCUGCAGCCCGGGCCCUCCGUGUCGCUCAAGUGCUCGGCCGGCGGCCAGCCCACGCCCACCAUCGCGUGGAGCCUCGACGGCUUCCCGCUGCCCACCAACCACCGCUUCCUGAUCGGGCAGUACGUGACGGUGCACGGCGACGUCAUCAGCCACGUGAACAUCAGCCACGUGACGGUGGAGGACGGCGGCGAGUACCGCUGCGUGGCGGAGAACCGCGCCGGCCGCGCCCACCACGCGGCCAGGCUCAACGUGUACGGUCACCCUUACAUCAGGCAGAUCCCCAAGGUGACGGCGGUCGCGGGCGAGACGAUGGAGAUCAAGUGUCCCGUGGCGGGCUACCCCAUCGAGGAGAUCAAGUGGGAGCGAGGCAGCACGGAGCUGCCCGAGGACCUGCGGCAGAAGGUGACGCCGAGCGGCGUGCUGGUGGUGGAGCGCGUGCAGAAGGCGGCGGACGGCGGGCUGUACACGUGCACGGCGCGCAACAAGCAGAGCCUGUCGGCCAGGCGCAGCGCCGAGGUGGAGGUCAUCGCUCCCCCGAAGCUGAGCCCGUUCGGGCCGCCGCUGUCGGCGCACGAGGGCGAGCGGGCCUCCAUCACGUGCUCCGUGGUGUCCGGCGACAAGCCGCUGCACCUGCAGUGGCUCAAGGACGGGCUGCCGCUCGAGACGGUGCACAGGGUCGACGAGUACAAUAGCAUUCUGUUGAUCGAGAGUCUUUCACGCGAACACAACGGCAGCUACACGUGCUCGGCGAGCAACGGCGCGGCCGAGGUGACGCAGACGCAGGAGCUGCUCGUCAACGGUACGGGGGGAACGGCCACGGCCUUCGCGGCGGCCUCGACUCGGCGGCUGUAGCCUGCUGCUGCACGAGCCUCCUCAGGGCGCCGGGCGGGUUCGGGGGCGGCGCGGGGCGGCGGCGGUGGGGCGGGUGGACGCCGCCGGUCGGGGGCAGGGGGGCAUGCACGGCCCGGCCCCCCUCACAGGCCUGAGCCUCCUCACCGCCCCCCUCUCCGCGUCACCCGUUUAAGUAUUUGAGAGAGCGUUUAUUUGACUUUUUGGCUGCUCUCGCAAUUAGUACGAACCCGGCACCCUGGUCUGGAGGCUAAACGUAGAUACUUACUUUUUUUGUAACAUCUGUAAUGUUGUAUUGUUGUGGAUUGCUCCGUAUUGUUCAUAUUCUUUUACUCUUAUUAUUAUUUUUUGUUUAUUAUAUACUACGUAAUUUCUUCUCUUCAUCUUUUUUCCUUUUACUCUGGUGCUGCAAGUGGAAGAUGCGUAUGACUUUUUGGCAGAGUAUCGUCGUCGAGGUGCUACCCCUUCCCCGCAAUGGCUCCCCUUUCCUCUCCCUCAUCCUUGCCCCUGUCCUCACGCUUAUCCACAAAACGAGUCGACCCACAGCCACACUCGGAAAAUCUGUGGCUACUUUCCCCCCAUCCGGUCUUCGCGCUCCGUCCUGCUCUCUCUGUCUCUCUCGCUCUCUUUUCUCUCUCUCACUCUCUCCUCCACUUUUAUUUCUCUCCCCUCUUCUUCUUGUCGGUUCUCUCUUUCUUCCAGUUCCUCCCGUAAUUGAGCCUUUUAAAUUCCAAGACGGGCUUUCUGAGGGCAUGCGUACGCGCACCGUGUGCGGGGUGAGCCGCGGGGACACCCCGCUCAGCAUCCGCUGGCUCAAGGACGGCGAGCCGCUGUCGCAACACAU